UUCAUAAAGAUGUCCCUCUUUUUCCACUCUACUUUUUUGACAUUAAACCAUAACACAGUUUCAAUCCAGCUCUUCCCUUCUCCAGCCAUCUCUCUCUCACUUUCUCAGCAUAUAUAAUACUACAACACAUGAGUUUCGGGUUGAAUUAACAAAGAUGGGGAGAGCGCCUUGCUGCGACAAAGCCAACGUGAAGAGAGGGCCGUGGUCGCCUGAAGAAGACGCCAAGCUCAAAUCCUACAUCGAAAGCCAUGGCACCGGUGGCAAUUGGAUUGCCUUACCUCCUAAAAUAGGCCUCAAGAGAUGUGGGAAGAGCUGUCGUCUGCGUUGGCUCAACUACCUCCGCCCCAACCUCAAGCACGGUGGCUUCACCGAGGAAGAAGAUAACCUCAUCUGCACCCUCUACAUCACCAUCGGCAGCAGAUGGUCUAUCAUCGCUGCCCAAUUGCCGGGAAGGACAGACAACGACAUCAAGAACUACUGGAACACAAGGCUCAAGAAGAAGCUAAUCGUCAGGCAGAGGCGCCAAUCGCGCCCCACAAAACAAGUUCAAAAUUAUUCAAUCUACAGCAACUACGGUCCCGCCCUAUGCAAUCAUCAGCCCAUACUCGAUGGAGCGGCCUUUUCGUGCAAUAGCCUGCAAACCAUGACUAAUCACUUUCAGUAUAGUACUUGUGUUGAUGAAGAUCAGCAUCUCUACCCUAACCCUCUAGUGAUGGAUCCUUCUUCAGCAUCUACGAGCUUUGUGGAUAUUGCUGCGACAACGAGCCAUGGAUCAGGCGAUUUUCGAGGGUUUGAACAAGGAAUGGAUGUGUUUGAUGUGAGUUGUUUUGUUGAUCAGGCUCAUGGCCUCUACAAUUAUGGAUUUUGGGAGAGGAUGAAUGGGGUUUCACUGAAUUGAUCUGUUUUUGUUUUUGUUUAUUCAUCUUGUUUUUACUUCUGAUGGGGAUAUGUUUGUUACUGUACUAUCACUUUCAUCAUCUAAGAUGCUUCUCUCUCUCUCUCUCAUGAUUUUGUUA